AUGAACGUAACAAAAUCGCACUCUCCAAACUCUCAAAGCAGUGAAAGUUCUCAAAAGUCUCCCAAAAAGAGGGAAAUUAAGGAACAGAGCAAAAAUGAAGACCAAGAAGACCUUUUGAAAGACUUACAAGUAGGAAGAAGGAAAAAUAAAGAGAGAAAAUCUGGAAAGCAAAGAGCAAAAGAAUUUAGAGAGAGAAAGAAGCAAUACUACCUUAAUCUAGAGAAACAAAAUGCUGGACUCCAACAGCAAGUUAAAUUUUUGAACCAAGAAAAUGAAAGACUUGUUGGCCUCCUUCGAACAAACAAUAUUCAGUUCUCUGAGUCAAUUAAUGACACCAACGAAGAUGAUUGCCAAACUGAAGGUCAAAAAAUAUCUCCAAAUAUUGCUAAAAUGGAUAAACUUGGAAGUAUUUCUACCUCUAAAGAUAAUUUGGAACUGCCUUCCCCAUCAAAAAGAUCUGACCUAAAGCGACCCAUCCAAGGAUCAAUGAACACUAAAAUGGUGAUGAACCCAGCCCCGGUUCCUCCAGCUUAUACCAAAAACACUAUGACUAGUUUUAUGACUAUCAGCAAACUGAUGAGUCUUCUAGGAGAAACUAGCACAAAUAAAGGAUAUGCUCUUGACCAAAAUGCUCGACAGGCCAUUCCAUUUCCUCUAAUGAACACCCAGAACUUAGUGAACCCAGACCCAUCGAAUUUAAAGGUAGGAUCAGCUGAUAGGCCCAUCCUGCUAGAUGAGGAAGAUAGGAAAUCUUUUCGGAUAUUUAAACGGACGUCACAGGAACCCAUUAAUAAUUAA